ACAGGAGAAGAGGAAUGGGGAGAAGUGGAAGAAUUAGAAAAUGAUGAAGAGGAGGACCCUUGCCUUACUUGGGAGGUGAGGGAGGUGUUUGAGAGGCUUAUGGACAUAAAGUGCCCUUUCCUUGAGGGUCUUUAUAUCACUGAACUGAAAACAAUCAAACAGUUGCUAUGUAGCCCCUCAAUUUACCGUUUGACUAUUCUGGAAUGGUUGUUUGCAAGACUGUAUCCUCCCUUUGAAGAAUUAAUUGCCACUUUUCAGGACUCCCAAGCUGAAGAGAAAAUCUUAGAGCUGGUGAGACUAGGUCAUGAACUGAUGUUGUGUGGACCAGAUGACCAGAAUCUCAUCAAAGGUUAUGGCAAUGUGAAAAGGCAGCUCUGUUUCUUUAAACAGUUACUGGAUUUGGUCAGAAGUCUAGGUCCUGGAUAUGCCAACUUCUCAAGUGUAGAAAACUUCAACAGUUUAGUGAAGGAAAAUGAGAAGCUGCUACAGAAGUUGUUCAGUUCACAUCUCCAGGAGAUCCUAGACCCCAAACUGAGCCCUUUGCUCCUGGACAUUGAGUGCCAAACAAAAGAAAAUCUGAAGUCAAGGGAUAGAAAGGUGAAAGAACUUUCUAAGAAACUGAACGAGUUCACUGAAAUGCUUGAGGAGCUCAAAGAAUUUCCAUUCCUCCAAAGGAAAAUGACCAGCAAAGGUAGCAGCAACAUUUGCCAGACUUUCCGUCUGACCCUCUCAGAUUUCCACCAGCUAAUCACUGCCUUUAUCCAUGUCUAUGAAACUGAAUGGAGGAAACAUAGUAAGUCCUCAGUACCUAAUGUCAAUCAGUGUGGCCUAUUAUUUCAGUCUGUGUGUGAGACUCUGAUUCUCUAUAGCCAAGAGCUGAAAGCUGUCAGAGAAGUCAUUAAUACCUCCAAAAAGGUAGAGGAAAUAGUAGAAGGACAGCAACUAGAGAAAGUCUAUUUGGGUAGAGAUAACUACAUGACGACUUUGGCUUCAAAAAUGGAAGAAUUGAGACAGAAACAUAAGCUCUUCAACAAUCCUCUCCAGAAACCCAGUGAAAGUAAAAAUGGAAGCUAA